CAAUGAUGGGUUUUGAGGACCAGAGUUUCCGGCUGGUCGUGGUCAAAGACCAGCCCGGGAGUCCCGAGUGCGCCCUUUUAUGAUCUAAAUGGUGAGGAAGCUAAAUGUGAGGGCACUGGCUGCAGGAAGUCAUGAUGGUGCUUUACAAAGGACCGCGGCUCUUGGACUUUGCAAAGGCUCCUGCUCACCUUCAGUUCAACAAAUAUGUCCUGACGGGUUACCGGCCGGUGUCCACAGCUGAAGAGUGCGUCAGGAGCCUCUUCUACAUGCACAAUGAGCUGGGGAACAUCUACACACACGGAAUUCCUUUCUUCCUUUUCUUGGUGCUGCUACCUUUUAGUAUCCCCUGGAAGGAGGUGGACAGCAUCUGGAUAUGUGUUGUCCACUAUCUGGCCUGCCUCUGUCCCACCAUGGGAUCAGUGGUCUACCAUUUAUUCAUGAACCACGUGGGAGGAGAACACGUGUACGACACGCUGCUCUCCCUGGACAUGGUCGGCGUCUGCCUAGUUAACACCCUCGGGGCAAUUCCUAUUAUUCAUAUCACCCUCCUCUGCUACCCAAUCGUGCAACAGACUGCCUUGCUGGUCUAUAUCCUCCUGUCAGCCCACGGGAUCUACUGUGCCACCACUGCCCGCACUAACGUCCGGCGCCUGCAAUCGUUUGUCUGGCAGGCCUUGUUCCGUUUCAGCCUCUUCCUGUUUCGGGUUUAUGGCAGCGGGGUAGGAAGCCCAAAUUCCCUGCGUCUCUUUGUCAUCAUGGACUGUCUAGCUUUAUUGGGAGGGCUUGUCAACAUUGUCCAGAUCCCUGAGCGCUUCAAACCAGGAUUGUUUGACAACUGGGGCAACAGCCACCAGAUAAUGCAUGUCAUGGUUAUCUGCUCAAUUAUCUACCUACACUGGGGCACACUGGAGGAUUUAGCCUGGAUUAAGAGCUACCAGUGUCCUGCUGAGUGAUGCCAAGUGCAGCUAGUUCACGCAUGCUUGCAGUCAAGGCUACACUUGAAUUUAGCAUUCAGUGAGGGAGGAGUAUAUGGAGGGCCGAAACUGCCAAAAUCAAUACUCUAUAGAUAUAUUAAAAUAUUAAAGAAAUAUGCCAUUAACUGCCCAAAAAUAACUACUGUAAAUUAAUAUAGCCAUUAAUACGUUUAUAAAAUCAGAUAUAAAAAUAAAUGUUUUGAUUUAUUUCCAUAUUUACAUUUGUAUUCCCCCAUUUAUUUACCUUCCCAUUUAAUUUUCAAUGUAUAAUUUCUCUAAUUACCUAACUUAUCAAUUUAUUAAAUUUUCUAGCUAACUAGUUUAGCUAGCUUUAGAUAACCCCACUCUAGGUAACGUAACUACGUUAGCUAACUUAGCUAGCCUAUCUAAAGUAGCUAGCUUUAGUUAGAAGUUACAUUCACACUUAUUUAAUCACAGCCCCUUAUUCAGAUAAUGAAGCAGAAGUGCUUCAAUAAAUCUGACAAUUAAAUACUGAUGUGUAUAAAAUAAGGUUGAAAAAUGCAAAGGGGAAAAAAGUCCCCACAAAAAACCCCUAUUCUUAAAUGUAACGUUUACAUAAAAAGCUAAAUUAAAAGGGAAAGUCAAUAAAUAUGAAGUUAAUAUACAGAAGCAAAUUGUGUUUUUUUCUUAAAGUUACAUUUAAAAAAUGCACUUUAGUCCUAGCUGCUGAAAUUCUUCACAGGGGAAGUUCAUAAUUUGACAUUUUGCCAAAGAAGAAUAAGAGGAACCUACAGUGUUCUAACUGUAAAUCACAUCAUUGUAUCUAAUUGAAAAUCCUGAACAUACUUGAUUUAUAGAGGUCGAUAUGCAGUAGUUUGGGGGUGUAAUGCCCUUAAAUAGUUUUUUAAAUGAAAGAAAAAAAAUAACUGUGAGAAAGAAAA